AUGGUUACUUCAAUGACAACACAUGAUUCAAUCAUUUCUUUCAUUGUAAAAAUUGCGCCGAAAUUGAACAAUGCUUGAAGCCAUAACGUCGGAGUCAGGCCUUGUGCUGGCAGGUUUUUCUGCUGCUUUUGCUGAGAGGUGUGGUGCAGGUGCUUGUUACCGCCAAUUGAUUACCGAAACCAAUGAUUUCCUUAGGCUCAGAAACAGGACAGAAAACUCCCCCGAAUUCACCGGCGACUCCGAUCGAGUCAGUUACGGUAGCAGAAUCAGAAAGUCGAUCCAAAAUUCAAAACAACUCAGAGACAUCGCCAAUCUCGAAUAGAGACACUCUUGUGGCGAGUCCUGCUGCAUGCAAUGGCGGGAUGGGAGAUGUAGCUCAGGAGUUGCACAAUCUGCAGCUCAUCAAACAGCAGAUGAUCACGAAUGAGUUUGUGAGAGCAACUGGAUAUAACCAGGACCAAGCUGUGCGCAUACUAAAUCACUUCAAGUGGGAUUAUCAGGCUGCUGUGAGUGACUUCUUUGACGAAGUGAGAGUGAUCAAAGAGAACAGCCAACAGCAGCAGACGAGUGUGGCCUUCCCUCCCCACAACACCCCACUCACUCCGCCCGCAUUCCCCUCAGAGAUGACGCUCUCUUUCAACCACCUUCUACAAGACUCGACAAACAACAAUAUACAAAUGGGCGGACCAUUCUCAGCUCACAGCCAACAACAGCAACAACACAGCCAAAUGCCAUUUCCUAUCACAGAUCAGCUAAACGUAUCAUCAUCUUCAUCAAAUAACUCACAAACAAACAAUCACUUCAACUGCAACAAUAGUUUCAAUAAUAGUUACGAGUUCCAUGCAUCUAAUUUCUCGCCGCUAGGGGGCGCUUCCAGUCCUGUGCAAUACCAGAGAACAGCGUCGAGUUCGUCUUUUCAAAGUCAAAUUCCGUUUCCCAUGGAGACGGGGUCGGGUCUGAAUAGUUCAGCAUGUAGUACUCCGAGCAGCACAGGUAGUUUCGCAGCUUCAAACGGUGGAAGGUCCCCCUUCACUUUUCACGCGCAGCUAGGCAGUCCGGGACCCGCCUUUGGUGGAUGUCAACAACAACAACAACUUAGUGCAGUCUCCAAUCAGUUCAUGACGGGGGGACUUUGGGGAAAUCAGAUGGACUACAGGUGCGGAGGGGGGAUCAAAACAUCAGACAGUUUGGAGUCGAUGGAGUGAAAAUGAAACAGAAAAGAUGGAAAAAUUUGAAGCAGAAAUAACUGAAAAGAGUUACAUGAAACUGAAAAGGAGAGAAAUAACGUUGCUUUAAAAGACAGGAAGUACGACGGAUCAAAAAAGUAUGAAAACCCAACCGAGCUGAUUUGCCUCGUUCUUGUCCCUCAGAGAAAACUGACGCUAACUUGUCAAAGAGUAAUUUCGUAGAUGAGAUGUCAUAGAAAAGUGAAGACAACUGAAUAUUGAUUAAAGUUUAAAACUUGAGACCAAAAAUAUAAGACAUGUUGAAACUGAAACCAUAAAAUAGAUUUAGUAUUAAACUCGUUAUUAAACUAGUUAUUGAGCUCUGGAUCUAGAAACAAACUGAAGUUAACUUUUGGUGCUUAGCAACUUAAUAAAUGAUUUAAUAUUAACGACUACUUGUGUGAUAAUUAUUUAAAAUGUGAGCUGUUUGAUCGAAAUACAAAAUCUAUGCUCAGAAAUUUGUAUCAUAGAACGAAGUUUUGUUCAUACUUUGCUGGCCAUUGCCAAUUUUGUUUCUAUGUGCCACUUUGUUUUUGUUGAA